CAGCUCAAACUCCAUCGUUGGCUUCUUGCGUCUCUUUGCUCUCUCUCUCUCAAGAACACAGAAUUACACGGGAAAGGAAGUGAAUUUUCAAUCUCAGCGCGUAAAAUAUACUGUCGACUCAUGCGAACUAAAACCCUAGCAACAAGAUGACACUCUCAUACCACCACUCUAUCUCGCCAAUUCUCAUCCGUAGUACGAACAAACCCACCAUACAGGUGUACAGUUUCCCCCAAUUUACCACUCGAGGGUUCAAAUUUUCUGGCCGCCGGUCAAUCGUAAUCUGCGAGAGCUCAGUAGCCAAACCACCCGGAUCCAGAUCCAGGACGAGAUCCAAACCCAAACCGAAAGAGCUUGUUUUCGGAUACCCUUCAAGUAGUGUCGAGAAGGGUAAGUACAGCUACGAGGUUGAAAGCCUACUCAACAAACUUUCCAGCUUACCCCCACGAGGCAGUGUAGCGCGUUGCCUCGAGCCGUUCAAGAACAAGCUUAGCCUCAAUGACUUUGCUUUGGUUUUUAAAGAACUGGCACAACGUGGAGACUGGCAAAGGUCUUUACGACUCUUUAAGCAAAUGCAGAGGCAGGUUUGGUCUAAGCCAAACGAUCAUAUUUACACGAUAGUUAUUGGAAUUUUGGGUCGUGAAGGUCUUCUUGAUAAAUGUUCCGAGGUGUUCGAUGAAAUGCCUAGCGAUGGGGUGCCUCGUAGCGUGUUUUCAUAUACUUCCAUUAUCAAUGCCUAUGGGCGUAACGGUCAGUAUGAAAUUUCCUUACAACUUCUUGAUAGAAUGAAGAAAGAGCGCAUUCCCCCCAAUAAUUUGACUUAUAAUACCGUGAUUAAUUCCUGUGCUAGAGGUGGGUAUGAAUGGGAAGGCUUAUUGAGUAUAUUUGCUGAAAUGAGACACGAAGGGUUACAACCAGAUUUAGUUACUUAUAAUACUUUGCUUGCUGCUUGUGCUAAUAGAGGUUUAGGUGAUGAAGCCGUAAUGGUUUUCAGGAGUAUGAACGAGGGUGGAACCAUACCAGAUACUACUAGUUAUGAUUACUUAGUUCAGACUUUUGGUAAAUUGGGUAAUCUUAGCAAGGUUUCAGAACUUCUUAGGGAGAUGGAGUCCAGAGGGAAUUUACCCGAAGCAUCAUGCUAUAAUGUUUUAUUGGAAGCAUACUCAGAUUUAGAACAAAUUAAGGAGGCAAUGGAUGUUUUUAGGCAAAUGCAGACGGCUGGUUGUGUAGCUAAUGCAAUGACUUACACUAUUCUGUUGAAUCUUUUUGGGAGGCAAGGGAGGUACGAUGAAGUCCGUGAACUUUUUCUUGAAAUGAAAGUUAGCAGUAUGGGGCUGGAUGCUGGUACUUACAACAUUCUUAUAGAUGUUUUUGGUGAAGGUGGGUAUUUUAAGGAGGUGAUAACUUUAUUUAAUGAUAUGGUAGAAGAGAAGAUUGAACCGAAUAUGGAGACAUAUGAGGGAUUGAUAGUUGCAUGUGGGAAGGGAGGGCUUCAUGAAGAUGCCAAGAGGAUUCUACUGCACAUGAGGCAGAAUGGAUUAGUGCCAAGUCCAAAGGCUUAUACUGGGAUUGUGGAAGCUUAUGGACAGGCUGCGUUAUAUGAGGAAGCUCUUGUUACUUUUAAUACAAUGAAUGAACUGGGGAGCAUUCCAACUGUUGAGACCUUUAACUCUUUGAUUGAUGUGUUUGCCAGAGGAGGACUGUAUAAAGAAUCUGAAGCAAUAGUAUCUAGAAUGGAUGAAAGUGGUGUUUCAGGGGACAAAGAUACAUUUAAUAGUGUAAUUGAAGCAUUUAGACAAGCAGGACAGUUUGAAGACGCUAUUAAAGCCUAUGUUGAUAUGGAAAAGGCAAAGUGUAACCCAGAUGAACGGACCCUUGAGGCAGUUCUGAGUGUUUACUGCUUUGCAGGUCUUGUUGAUGAGAGUGAAGAGCAGUUUCAGGAGAUUGAGAAAAUGGUUGUGUUGCCUAGUGUCAUGAGCUACUGCAUGAUGCUGGCAAUUUAUGCAAAGAAUGAAAGGUGGGACGAUGCCUAUAAAUUGCUGCAUGAGAUGAUCAAAUGUGAUUCAUCGAAUGUUCAUCAGGUGAUUGGGCAGAUGAUUAGGGGAGAUUAUGAUGAUGCCUCCAAUUGGCAAAUGGUAGAGUAUGUCUUUGAUAAACUAAAUACAGAAGGUCGUGGUUUAGGAUUGAGGUUCUACAACGCACUGCUAGAAGCUCUUUGGUGGUUAGGCCAGAAGGAAAGAGCUACAAGAGUGCUUAAGGAAGCAACAAAGAGAGGACUUUUGCCUGAAAUAUUCCGUAACAACAAGCGUGUGUGGUCUGUCGAUGUACACAGGUUGUGGCCUGGUGGUGCGUGUGCGGCUAUAUCAGUUUGGUUUGAGGACAUGUAUCAGAAGUUAGUGGAUGGAGAGGAUCUUCCUCAUCUAGCUUCUGUGGUUGUGGUCAGAAGAGGGCAGAUGGAGAAGAGCUCCAUAACACGAGAUUUUCCCGUUGCAAAGAUCACGUAUUCGCUUUUGAAGGAUGGUGUUUCAUCAUCGUUCUGUUUACCCGGAUGGAACAAGGGAAGAAUCGUGUGUCAACAAGCUCAGCUUAAGCGGAUUCUAGGUGAUAUGGAAUCAGGUUCUGAAAAACUCGGGAUUAUUAGUUUGAGUAAUUCCCCCAUUCCCGUUUUGGAAUCAAGAACAAACAAAGCUAAGAAGAAGAAAGGCAGUAUGAAAGAGGAAGUAAAGGGAGGCGGUAUAAAUGGUGGGACGAAUAUCGAUACACGAACAGAGCUGGUGACGGGCUCCAUUUGAAGAACGAAACAAAUGCCGGCAUAAUCAAGCUGAUUUCGAUGAUCGAAAAGUGGCUACAGGUAUGCAUCCCCCACCCCGCAAGAGGUUGAAAGUGAAAAACUGAUAUUGUGUGGUUUAAGAAGGUAGAAUUAAAAGCCAAUUUUGAUCUGUUAGAAUAAUCUGAGUUAUGAAAUUGUAGUAGUUGUUGUUGAGAGUAAAGAAAGCUUUAAGGUCUGUAAUUAAUGGACAUCAGAGCUGUUUGUAUUUGAAAAAUCCAUUUUUUUU